UCAUAAAAAAUUCUCUCGUUCAAUUAACAACUUCUAAAGAUCUCUGCAAGAAAUUUGCAAAAUUCUUGAAAGGAUAUCUUUAAAAAAAAAUAAUAAUAAAUAAAAUACCAGUAACUGGCAACAAAUAAUUUAACUACAACAACACGUGUAUUGUUUAGUUUAAUUUUCUAUUACAACAAACAAAUAUUAAAUACAACAACAAAAUGAAAAUUGAACUUUCCGUUUUUCUCAUUGCCUGCACAGCAUCUUUGGUUUUGGCUAGGCCACAAGAUCCCAUUGCAAUUGUUAGUCAAGAAUCAAAUAUUGAGCCAGAUGGCUCUUAUAAUUAUGCUUAUGAAACGGCCAACGGCAUAAAGGGUGAAGAAACUGGCACCCUGAAAAAGGCUACAUCUCCCGACACCAGCGAUGUCAUUAUUGCCAAGGGUUCAGUUUCCUAUACCUCGCCCGAAGGCAAUCUCAUCACCUUGAAUUAUGCUGCCGAUGAUGAAAAUGGUUUCCAACCACAAGGUGAUCAUUUGCCCACUCCCCCACCAAUCCCACCAGCAAUCCAAAAGGCUUUGGACUACUUGUUGAGCUUGCCUCCCUCGAAACGUCGUUAAGGCACCCAUGGAAUUUGAAGCGCAAACUAAUGAAAUUAAUGAAACCCAAUUUAUCAACAACAACAGAAACUAGAGCCUUUACAAAAGAAAAAAUUAAAAAAAAAACGAAAUCAAAAAAAGCAAAGAAGAUCUAAAAACAAUAUCUGUCUCUCGAACAUCCAGAGAAAACUCUUUUAAACAUAAGUCACUCUUUGCAAUUCCAUUGCACAAAAGGGAAAGCAACACUCUACAACUCUAUAGCUUACUAUAUCUAUACAACACAAACAUAUAUACAUAUUUCUCUUUCUUUUCUAAGAUCAUAAAAGUGAGUUCAUUACAAACCAAAAAAAAAAAAUAUUAAAAAUAAAAUAAAAUUAACUACACAACACUGACUGAAUGAGCCAUAUAAAAAAAACCAAAAUAAAAUCAAUGAUUCUCACUUGCUCUCUUUUAAAUAAAACAAACAACACCUUUUCAUUUACUCUCACACCUAAACUUGUCACAUUUAAUUCUCUUUUGUGAUAUUCUCUCCACUAAGUCACCAUGUUUCUAACCAAGCACUUGUUUAUGCACAAAAGGCUCUCUUCGCCCCCAUCUCUCUCUCCCUCUCUAAACUUCUUUCUCUGCUCUACAAAAAAAACAACAUCAACAUAUUUUAAUUUACAAAACGAUGUCCUUGUCUUGUAAUUAGUCGCCGGAACUUUGCCAUUUCGGAUACAUGUGAUAUCACUGCUGCUGAUUGUUUGAUGGACAAUGAGAAAGAUUUUUUAUUAAUAAUUAUUAUUAUUUUUAAACAAUCAUGAAACGAGAAACAUAAAAGAGAAACCACGAAAUUAUUUAACAUUUUUAUGCAGUCAUAAACACACAAUUCCAUAACAGCAAUGUAUGUAAAUGUACGUAUGUAAAUAUUUACGAAUACGAGAAACUUUUUGUAAUGUUUUUUUUUAUUAUUUUUUAAUCAAUAUUUUGUUUGUUUGUUAAAUGUUUAUAAUUGUAUAAAUAAGUUGUAAGUAUGCAAAUAAAGAAUAAAUGAUUCUUUACAAAAACUAA